GAAUUUAGACCAAAUUUAGAAUUACCACAACACUAUCUCAUAUGGCCUUGCACUUAAAGUAAAAGGCUCUGACCAUUUGGAUUAGACUCAACACAGGGUCUGAUAAACCAUGAAUCCAGUAAGAUGGUCAUUCCGUUUAAGCCUACUUCUGGUUGCCUGUAUUACUUGUACGACUGCUCUUUUAUACCCAGUUACAGGUUACACCUGGGGUCAAUGGUCAAGCUGGACAGCAUGUAAUGACACGUGUAACGGUUCUCAAAUGCGACUACGCACUUGCCAAAAUAAUGGCGCCACCAGCAGCGUUACCUACUGUCAAAAUGAUGAUGACGUCACACAAGACGACGUCAAGCAAGCGCGAGGAAUUCCAGUUAAUUAUGAUGUUGCCACGCGAAGCUGCUCUACGUCACAAUGCACACAAGGCCGAUGGAGCACGUGGACAGACUGGAGCGUAUGCAGCGCCAGCUGUGACGCGGGUGUGAGAUUCAGGGGACGUCACUGUGAAAAUGGAACGGACUGUAUUGGACAGGUGUUCGAACAGCAGCCUUGCACCAUCAAGUCUUGUGUACAAGCUAUAGACGGAUCUUGGGGAUCAUGGGGCACAUUGUCUCAGUGCAGCGUCACGUGCGGAAUUGGCUACACCUACAGGUUGCGCGUCUGCGACUCCCCCGCCCCUUCCGGUGGAGGUGCAGACUGUGCGGGCACAAAUAGGGACUUCCAAGAGUGUAAUCUCGGCGUGUGCCAGCUUCCUGUCGAUGGAGGUUGGACGGAUUUCGUUGACCAUGACUGCUCGGUCUCGUGCGGAGUAGGAGUUGUCGUCUCCACUCGCUCGUGCACCAAUCCAGCCCCUGCGUACGGGGGCAAGAAUUGUGAAGGCUCGUCCACAGCAUUCAAAAAGUGUGUCAACAACCUAUGCGUACAGGAUGGCGGAUGGAGUGACUGGACAAAUUACACCGAUUGUGGUGUAAUAUGCGGCUUCGGAUUACAGCGCCGUGAACGAUCUUGCACAAAUCCGGCACCUGCUUCAGGUGGAAAAUACUGUGAAGGGAUCGGGCUUGAAGAGCAGGAAUGCUUCAAAGGAGAUUGUCCCCCUGAUAUCAAGACAUGCGACAAAACUAUGUUGAGAAAGGCUUUAACGAAUGCGACAACAUCUUGUCCACCCUCGAACAACGCAGACGACAGCAUUGUUAGGUCUUUUUGUGUAGUCCCUGAUAAUCAGAUUUCUUGGCGAUUCGGGCUUGAGAUCCAUAACAACUGUGAGAUGAUCCCCUUGUAUUCGCCAGUUGGUGCUGUGCAGGCGGGAACUGCGCAUGUCAAAAAGUUUGGGCUCAUGGUUGACUGUUAUCGCACGACUCUAUCGAUGGCUAUAACAAAUUGUAACAACGACAUCGUUGUGGAAAAGCAGAACCUGACUGACACGAGCACUACAUAUCACAUGAUCUUGUUCAGCUGAUUUCCGCUUCCGGUUUAGAUUGCUUUGGAUUUCCGCUUCCGGUUAAAUUUACUUGGGUUAAUGUUAAUAUAAAAUUUUGAAUGACUA